AUGAUAAUAUUAGAUAGACUUAUGAACUUUAUGCUGCUGAAAAUGAAAAAGAAUAUUUUUAUCGAAAACUCUCUGAAUAUCAAGAUAUGGACUUCAUUAAAUAAGCCAUUACAGUUUAUAAUAAAAUAAAAUUAUUUAAUAUUGACCCAUAAUAUAAACUUAAAUAUGAAUGCUAUUCUAAUUGUUAUGAUUAUAAUUAAGUGAUUUUUGAAAAUUAAGAAAAAGGAAUCAAAAAGCUUAGGUAAAUGCAAAAAAAAAACUAAAGAUCUUAAAUAGUUUUUAAGAAACUUUGAUAAAUCUGUAUAUAUCAAUAAUUAAACAUGCUAUUCAAAUUGUGAUUAGUUGAUUAGUUAUAAUUUAGAUUAAAAAUAAAAAAGAAAAAAUAAUUGUUAAUCUUAAUAAAUUAUCAGAAUAAAGUCAAUUUUUAUAGAUGAUAAUAGGUAUGUGAAAAUAAACUAGAUAGAAGAUAUAGAGAAUUUUGGCUGA